AUGACCGAAGUCCUCAUCGCCACCGACGCCUCCAACAACCUCCACUGUUGGAUCUCCGACAACGGAUCCCCCAGCGAAACCACCAUCCCCAUCACGACCAUCAUCCAAGACCCCUUCUCCUACAUCUUCGCCUUCCGCAACGCCUACCACCUCUUCGUCAGUUUCGCCAGCGAAACCAUCUACCACUUCAUCACCAAACACGUCCGCAUCAUCCGUCUCUACAUCCUCCGCGAACUCCAAAUCAUUUACCCUUACCGAUGCGAAUCACCCACCGUCAUCACUCCCACCUCUUCCUCCUCCUCCUUUUCCUCUACCAAUACUAGCACCACUAGCGGCAACGGAAAUGGGGAAAUCCGCCCCGACGCCAUCCUCCCUAAUCUCGACGCCAUCAUGGAGAAAUGGCGCUUCGCGUGCCGGGCUAUUCCCAACGGUCAUGAUAUCGCGUUUGUGUGUUUUGAGCUGUCGGCGCCGGAUGAUUAUGUGCCGGCUGGGGUGUGUCGUGUGCUCCAGAUUAUGAGUACCGUGUUGAGUGUGAAGGAGCGGGAGAAGGGCCGGUUUCGUUGUGGGAUUGAGGGGUGUAGUCCGUCUGCUGCGGAGCGGUUUGAUUCGUGUUUGGUGGGGAAUGUGGCGGUUGUGGGGUGGUCGUUGGUGGGGGAUGAGUGUUGA